AUGUCAGAUCUGCGGAGAUGGACCAAGAAGGAACGACUGCUACGUGACGUAGUGGAUUCGAUUAGUGAAUUUGUGAAGAACUAUGAUUCAAGUCGUGACAAGACUUCGGUGGAUGCUAGACUGAAAAAGCUUGACGAGGUGUACAAUGAAUUCUGUGAAGUGAGAGUGAAUAUUGAAUUACUACUAGAGGACGAUGAAGAUAUCACCGAAACGGACGAGAAAGACGAGGAUAAACGGAAGCGGAAAGCACUACAACAAAAGGUGGAAGAAUCAAACAGGAAGAUUAUGAAGGAUUUUGCGAACCAGUACUUUACCAUUACGAACCUUCUUCAAACGUUUUUGUCAUGUCCCGGUGUGGGCUCUAGUUCUGCAUCCGCUACAGUAAUGCAGCAGGUUCCCAUCCAAACUAUGCGAGUAAAAUUGCCAGAACUCAAGUUGCCGAUUUUCCGUGGUUCGUUGAUGGAGUGGGUCACAUUCAGAGAUACGUUUCACAAUCUGAUUGUGGACAAUACCCAUCUUUCGGACAUCGAUAGGUUCACGUACCUGCGGUCCUCUUUGGCAGGAGAAGCACUGCAACAGAUUGCUUCCAUUGAUCUGACGGCUAACAAUUAUUCGAUAGCGUGGAAUUCGUUGGAAUCACGCUACGACAAUAAAAAGCUUCUGGUGAAGUCCCACCUCGAAGCUUUAUUUGCAGUGCAAUCCAUGAAAAAGGAGACUUUUGAAUCACUCAACCAUGUCAUCAAUGAGUUCGAUAAACAUUUGCAAAUGCUGGACAAACUGGGAGAAAAGACAUCUGAAUGGAGUACGAUACUCGUUCACAUACUUUCAAGUAAGCUGGGCACAACAACGCUUCGUUUGUGGGAAACGGAGCACCGUUCAAAGGAGGUUCCUAAAUUCGACAAGCUGAUGGAUUUCCUGAAAAAUCAUUGCACGGUUUUGCGCUCACUCAUCGGAGAAUCGUUCGGCCAGCCGGAACAGAAGAAGGCAACAAGGGUAAGCACUAGCUACGCCGGCGUGCAGUCUUCGUGUUUGUUGUGUGGAGAGGGACAGCACCCGUUGUUCCAGUGUAAGCGGUUCAGAUCCAUGAAGGUGGAUGACAGAAGAAGCACAGUGAAGUCAUCUCAGCUUUGCUUUAACUGUCUAUCAUGA